CAAUUUGAUAAGGUUUUUGGUGCAAAGGAGCUCCGGUCUCAAAAACUCGCGAGAAACGAUGGCAGAAGAACCGGAAACAACCGGUAUCGAUAACAGCAACGAUAAAGAUUUGGCGACAAAUGUGGAAAAUCUUUCUCUAGCUGGCCAGAAGGUUGAAAAACAGGAAGUAAAGAAAAUUGAUAUUGUACUUCAUGCCACCGGUAGCGCUCCUAUUUUGAAGCAAAAGAAAUGGGCAGUAGAUCAGGAAAAGCCCAUCAGUGCUAUUGUAAAAUUUAUACAUAAGUAUCUUAAGCUGGACCCGGAAGAACGAUUGUUUCUCUACAUCAAUCAAACGUUUGCACCGUCUCCGGACCAGAUAAUCAAAAAUUUGUACGAAUGUUAUGGAACCAACGGAAAAUUGAUUCUCCAUUACGCCAAAACUCAAGCCUGGGGUUAGAGUGGACGCUCCUCAGAAUCCUUUCAACUUUGGCUUCAUUCCGUCAUACAUAUGCUACCACCAACGUUUAGUUCAUAAUCGAUUUCUUGUAAGCUUAUUCUGAACGGGAAUAAAAAUACGCCAUAAUUCGCUUCGCUGCAGCA